AUGUCGCACACUUCGAGCGCGGUGCGAUUCCUGGAAGAAACUAGGGAACCAUCCGAUGGCAAAGCCGAAUUGCUGGCUAUCGGUGCGAUGACACUUUGGGGCCUGCUGACGCUGGGGAAGGGAACCGCAUUCGUUGCUUGGACGGCCAUAUAUCCACAAACUACCGUAAAGACGCCGCAAGGCGCCGCAGAACGCGAAUACGCCUUCGUUCUGUGUUGCUUCAAAGCACUUCCCGACGUGCUGUCCACCCCAGCGCUUCUCGGACCGCUUCUCACCAGAACGCGCACCUUCGUUCUCGUUCAGAACGGCGUAGGUAUUCAUGACGAUUUGCAACGAGUCGUUCCAGGCGCCACCAUCAUAACGGCCUGUGCAUGGAUUGAUGCGACAUUGGUCGCGAAUGGGACAAAGCUCCAUCAGACCGGCCCUGAAAAGCUCUCUUUUGGGUUCCAUCCUCCUUCCACCGGCAUCUUUACCCAGAGGGUAGCUGGCAUCGAUCUUGACCAUCCCAACGCUUCGGCUGCCAACUUCUCCCGGGCAGAUGCCCAAGGGGCUGUGGAUCUAUUCGCGAGCCUUCUUCGUGCGGGCGGUGCGGAUCCGGACCCCACAAAUGACAUCAACUUCCAGAGAUGGAGAAAGGUCCUUUGGAAUGCAUGUUUCUCGACGCUAUGUACGAUGUCGAGGGGAAGCAUGGCGGAUAUUAUGUCCUCUUCCGUCGAGGCUUACCGCACGACAAUACCUGCCGUCCGGGAGAUCAUGAGGGAGGUGAUAUCCGUUGCGUACGCGUACGGAGGCGUUCGCCCCGGAAGUCUCGACGCCGCGCCGGACGCAAUCAUCGCCGACGCGAUCCAGCAGUACGCCGACUUUGACCUGCUCAGGCCGUCCGCUGGGAAGGUUCGGGAGGCACCGAGUAGCUUCAGACCUAGCAUGCUUGUCGACCUGGAGGCUGGACGGCCUAUAGAAGUGGAAGUCAUCGUAGGCAACGUGCUCCGGGCUGUGGCGCGCGGUUCAGCAGGAGAAACGAAUGCCGAGUUGAGGCCGGAGGCGGAACUUGGAAAUGCCACUGCGGGCGUCGUCAGUACUCCGAGGUUAGAGUUGAUAUACGGCACCCUCAAGGUCAUUCAAUCGAAGCUGCUGCAAGGCCGGGCAUUGUAAUGACGUAGGCCGCUGUGCUCGUAGCAAUUAGGCUCGGAGUAGGCAUGGACCAAGUCAACGGAACGUUCGCCUGUGCAUGUGUGUUUGCGAUCGUCGAUUGCUCCCAAGUUCAAGUGAGUCGAGCUGGGAGGUCCUCGCGGCAGGCCGUGCAGUGGUGAUCGAGGGUUAGUCAUGGAGAAACUGCACAAGCUAUCUAUCGUAGAUCCU